AUGGCAAACCUGGAAAAACAAGCUGAUGAAAUCUUUGCAUUACAAUCAAUAUUUGAUACAAAAUUUUGUCUCCUUUAUGGCAAUACUCAGUAUGAGAUUUUAAUUGAUUUUGAUCUAGAUCAAACAUUUGUUGUUCGAUGUAAUGAUAAAAUAUCUAUUCUUCAUCAUUUACCGCCAUUUUCUCUGAUAAUUUAUUAUCAUGAUAGAUAUCCAAGUGACGAUCCUCCUUCAUUUAUUCUUUCUUGUUGUUAUUUUUCCAAAAUAUCCCUGAAAAAUCUUUGUCAAAAACUUGAUACUCAUCCGUUUAUAAAAGGUGAAGUUUGUGUUUAUGAUUGGAUUGAAUUAAUUAAACAGGAAAUUACCACUGAACUAACCCUUGAUACCACAGUCGAUGACCAAAUGAAUGAUCCACGUGUAUUAAAUGGCUAUUUACCUGAGAAUAUCGAUCAAAUUUAUCAGCAUUUAAUCGAUUAUAAUAAAGAACGCGAAGAAAAACAAUUUCAAAAUCAACUUCAAACCUGUUUGAUCUGUUCCAACACUAUUCCCGGCAAUGAUUGUAUUCGUCUUCAUCGUUGUGGUCAUUUCUAUUGUCGAUCAUGUUUAAAUAGUUACGUUCAAAUGACAUUGAAAAAUGGUCGAUUCGGUGAAAAACUUCUUUGUCCACAAAAUCAUUGUCAAAAACCAUUACUUCCCAAUGAAAUCAAACAAAUUAUUCAAGAUGAGCAAUUAUACCAGAGAUAUGAAAGAUUAACAUUACAGCAAGCUUUAGAAUCAAUGAGUGAUGUCAUUUGGUGUCCAAGAUGUCAAUCAGCUGUUCUGAGUGGCAAUGGUGAUGAUAAUUUAGCCAUAUGUGAUCAAUGUCGUUAUACAUUUUGUAAAAAAUGUCGAGAAGUCUUUCAUUUUCAAGAAACAUGUCCAAAAGAUUAUCUCAUUAAACAAUUAAGAUUACGACAAUUCGAAACAAUUCGAAAACAACAAAAAGAAGAAAGUGAACGAACCCGAAAAGAACAAGAAAAAGAUCGAAAGCGAUUGACGAAACAAGAAGAAAAAGCUAAAGCGGAAUUAGCAAGACUUGAAAAACAAAAGAAACUAGCAGCUGAACGAGAACUUCUUAGACAAGGAUAUCGUGAAGUGACUAUUGAUUUAUCGGAAGAAGACACUUUAUUAGAAGAAAUCUUAAAUGCUGAACGAAUGGAAGCAUUAAACACUCAACAAUGUCCAAAUUGUCAUGUAAGAAUUGAAAAAAAUGGUGGCUGCUUACAUAUGCAUUGCUCCAGAUGUGAUUAUAAUUUUACUUGGCCGACCUCAGAAGGACCUCAAGAUCCGAAGAUAAACUCAUUGCUAUAUCAUUCUUCUUCGGCUCAAUCAGUCGAAUCUAUUCGAGAAGAGAUAAAUAAGAAAUUCGAUGCGCCUGAAGCAUCGAAAGAGAACGAAAACGUUGUUAUUAAUAAUCGAUCAUUUAUUGGUUCGGCGAUCGUCAAACGAGUGAAAGCAUGUCCAAAUCUUUCAUGUCAGACGCUGAAUGUUAAAAUGGGCGAUGAUAAUUGGAUGACAUGUAACGAAUGUUUGGAACAAUAUUGUUUUUCAUGCGCCGAACCCAUUAAUGGACUACAACAUUUUAAAAGAAAAUGUGAUCGGUACACAUCACUUUAA